GUGAUGCGUCAGGCUUUGCUCGCUCGCUCAUCGCCCAUGGAUGUACUACGCCCACUCUACUGUACACCGGAGUAGACUGGUGGUUAAGAGAGACGGGCAGCAAUCGCCCGGUUAAUACACUACUCGUACUGCGCUAGGUAGAGUAGAGAGCUACGCAUAUAUAUGAUCCGAUCGAUCGAUUAUUACUUUGCUUUUCGAACGAUCGCUCGAUAUAUAUAUUGCCCUGAACACUGACCUCUUAUCCUCUUUCCUCUCCUUCCUCCCCCCACUUGCGCGCACUGCCCCCCGGCUGGGCCGAGAGCGAGCUCCUUUACGAGACAGGAAGCAGCUAGCCACUUAGCUUGCUCUCGUGCUGUUAGCUAGUAGCUGCAGCCAGCUGCCCUAGCUAGCUAGUUCUUCUUGUCUAUGCGGAGGAGGAGAACAGCUGCGAAUUGAGAUCGAGGAUGAGCAGAUACGAGGGCGGCGGCGGCCAUGGCGCGGCAGCGGUAGGAGGAGGAGGCGGGACGAAGGAGGACGCGCACGAGCAGGACCUGGUGAUGCCGGGGUUCCGGUUCCACCCGACGGAGGAGGAGCUCAUCGAGUUCUACCUCCGCCGCAAGGUUGAGGGCAAGCGCUUCAACGUCGACCUCAUCACCUUCCUCGACCUCUACCGCUACGACCCUUGGGAGCUUCCAGCAAUGGCGGCGAUUGGGGAGAAGGAGUGGUUCUUCUACGUGCCGCGGGACCGAAAGUACCGGAACGGGGACCGGCCGAACCGGGUGACGGCGUCGGGGUACUGGAAGGCGACGGGGGCGGACAGGAUGAUCAGGGCGGAGAGCAGCAGGCCGAUAGGGCUCAAGAAGACGCUCGUCUUCUACUCAGGCAAGGCGCCCAAGGGCGUCCGCAGCAGCUGGAUCAUGAACGAGUACCGCCUCCCCACCGCUGAUACCCACCGCUACCACAAGACGGAAAUCUCCCUCUGCCGCGUCUACAAGCGCACCGGCAUCGACGACGGCCACUCCUCGUCCCGGUCAACGCCCUCAUCCCGUGCCGCCGCCGCCACCGCACGCCAUGACAACAACAACAACAAGCAAGCAGCAGCUGGUAAUUCAUCCUCCACAUCCACGCCCACGCCGCCGCCCACUCCGUCCAAGCUCCACCUUCUCCAACAAGGCUCCCCCGAGUGCACCUCGCCGCCCCCGGCAACCAUCGCCACAGAUCACCAAGCUCGCGGGCACAGGACAAAGCCCUGCGGCGCGUUAUCAGGGUACUUGCAACAGUCGGCCGCGGGCGAUCAGCAACAGCAGGAUCAGGGAGCAGCGUUGCUGCACUACCAGCCGCAGCAGUACUCCGGUGGCAAGAACAACACGAAUAAUGGCGCCGCCUUCGCGUCGACGACAACGUACUCGCUGCUCAGCCUGGUGAACGCGGCCUCCAUGGGCGCCGGCGGGGCCUCCGCGGCAGCCAUUGACGAGCUCAACACGCUCGUGGGCGGUGCCCAGCCGGCGGCGUCUUACCAUAUCCCGGGGACCGGAAGCCUGCUGCACCACGACCACUUCGUCGUUCCCCUGCCGACGCCGACGACGGCGCCGCUGGGGACGCUGCCGAUGUCGCUGGCUGCCAUCUCGGACAAGAUGAUCUGGGACUGGAACCCGAUCCCCGACGCGGCUGGCACCAGAGACUACGGUGGCGCGGGAUUCAAGUGAAGGACGGGUCAAGCAAAAUGCAUGCGCGCGGCCAUGAUACAGUGCAUGCACAUGUGCAUGGCUUCUGGUACCAAUUGUUCUCUCUCUCUUACGAUCGAGUUUCUACGACGGUUCACAGUUGUUAAUUCAGAGGAUAAUCGAACAAUGUAAGCAGCAAUUAUACCAUUCAUGCCUCCUGUCAAAAAGAGAUCGAUGACAUACCUUCGUAAUUAUAACUAGUACUACUAUAUCAUCAAGAAUUUCAGGAUAGGCAAUCUGUAGUAAUCGAUCCAAUUCCUAAUGAGUUGCAUAUAAUAAACUCCUCAUGGAUGUGACACUCGAUUACUACUACUCUGCACCAUUAUUCAGUCA